AUACAGUUCUGAUUAUAGGUAUGAAACUAACAUUUGUUAGGGAACAAAAAUGAUUUUACUUGUUAUAUUUUUCACCAUUUCAACAUCAGUAUUUGGGGACGAAAGUAUAUUAUGCUCCCCCAGUGUUUGUGAUGGAGUGAAGUGCCCAACGCUUCCAGAAAAAUGUAAUAUUCAAAAUGCCACUCACAGUGGAACAUUCCUUCCAUCCCCAGAAGCUUGCAAUUGCUGUCAAUACUGUUUGGAAAAUUUGAAUGAAGGAGAUGAAUGUAGCAUUGGAUAUCCCUCUGCACCCACUCCAACAUCAAUUUGUGGCCCAGGAUUAGCUUGCAAGCUUACAAAUGGGAACUUAUAUGAUGGUAUUUGCUCUAGAAUGAAUACACCUUGCACACAGCUUCAGGAUGAUUAUGAUGAGAGGAGAAAAAACGGUCCGAAUCUGGGUUCAAUGGAAGUUCGUCAAACAUGCACUGAUGAGGGAGAAUUUGCCUCAUAUAAGUGUAUACCAGGUCAAACAUGUUAUUGCGUUGAUAUUGACGGUACAAGAAUCUUCGGGGAAUCAGAUUUCACAUCCCUUCCUGAAAUGCAAAUGCAAUGCAAGUGCUCUAGGGACUACCAGCAAGCCAAACAAUUAUUCGGCAGAGAGCUGAAUCCCAGCGAACAUUUCAGGUGCUCCUCGAAAGGGGACUAUGACACUAUUCAGUGCAUGAGAGAACAGUGUUUGUGCACUGACGCCACUGAUGGGGCUCCAACUUACCCGAACGACCCUAUGGUCAAUAUUCGGAACAUUUCUAACCAGACAUUAGGAUGUUAUAAGGGAGACACGGUAGGCAUUUAUCUCAAGAAAUGUGAGGAGGAAUAUAUUACCAUUCUUAACGAAACAGAAACACAGAAGAUGAAAAACAACUACAAUAUGAUAUUGGGCUACACAUUCCCAAGUUGUGACAUUGAUGGGACAUACAAGGCAGUUCAGGAAAAUUCGACUCACAAAUAUUGUAUGGACAAAGAGGGAAACAUUUUGACAGCUUUGAGCAAAGUAGAUAACAAAACCCUGGCAGAUUCAAUGGACUGUAAAUGUUUGAGGGCUCUAAGUGUUAUGACUACCAAUGAGAAACCAUCUUGUUUGGAAAAUGGAAAUUACACUCCUAUGCAGUGUAGAAGAGGGAGUUGUAGAUGUGUAGACGGAAAUGGAAAUCAAGUAUGCAAAGCAACACCCUGUGAAGUGAAUGAAAUUGAUAAAGACACAUUGAAAUGUUGAGAUAAUCUUUGAGCUAUUGUAAAAUCUUAGUUAUUUCCUAUAAAUAAUAAAUUAUUCCUUAUAUCAUGUUC